AUUGCACCUUAAAGGAAUCUCUUGGCUACGGCUAAGAAACCGAAGCUAACUAACAAAUUUAGCUGACAGAAUGUCAGAAGGAGAUAGUGCUGGUGAAUCCAUCCAUGGAAAACCAUCAGCGAUCGGAAGCUUCUUUAAACGGCUUGGGCAGGUUUAUCAGUCAUGGUUGGACAAGUCAACACCGUUUUCAGCCGUGCGAUGGGCGGUCACUCUUCUCUUAACGGCCAUAUAUAUGAUCAGAGUAUAUAUACUACAGGGAUGGUACAUAAUCACAUAUGCUCUUGGGAUCUACCACCUUAAUCUCUUCAUUGCUUUCCUCUCACCAAAAGUGGAUCCCUCGUUGCUUGAUGAUCCAGAUGAGGGUCCAGCACUACCAACAAAACAGAAUGAAGAGUUCCGGCCCUUCAUCAGGAGGUUGCCAGAAUUUAAAUUCUGGCACUCAGCGACGAAAGGCAUCAUCAUCGCUAUGAUUUGCACAUUCUUCGAAGCCUUUAACGUGCCAGUUUUCUGGCCCAUCCUCGUAAUGUAUUUCAUUAUGCUCUUCUGCAUCACCAUGAAACGGCAGAUCAAGCACAUGAUCAAGUAUAGAUACCUGCCCUUCACACAUGGGAAGAGGACUUACAGAGGCAAGGAAGACUCAGGGAAAACCUUUGCUAGUUAAAAUUCCCCUUCCUGAAAUUAAAGUUAUUGAUGAAGAAUGGUGCGUAAAGGGGGUGGAGGUUUUUUCUUUUUUUCUCGUAUUCUUUCUCGGGUGAGAAAAAAAAAAUCUUUUGAUCUCCAUCAAAAGUGUUACCCGCUCAUGUAAGAGGAUUAAUGCUGCCUUUAGUAAGUGUUUGGGGUUUGGGCCUUUUGAGGAAUGCUGUUGAGAGUCUGUGCACAUGUGGGCAAUUCAGAAACAAUUAAAAUAUGUGGCCAAUUAAUUAUUUAGAGAAUUUUUUUUCUUUUGCUCAGUAGUCCCCAUUUGUCCCCAAACCCAAGGGAUUUUAUGAUCUUUAGCUUCUCUAAAACAAAUUUUAAAGUGUAAAUGAAAAUUCUAUACUUGAUUAGAAGCAAGCUGUUUAGGAUUGAAAAUAUUUAAUCAUCAUUUGACCACCAUGCUCAUUCAUCUGUAAAAUAUUUGGUGAGCUUAUAUAUAUAUAUAUUUUAUAAAAGUACCAGACAUUAGAUUCAGUAUUCAGACGCACUAAUGUAAGACACUAGAGAUCAUAGACACCUGGUGGAGUUCCAUCUUGCCACAUGUUCAUAUGAAUUUGCCUUUUAUGAGCAAUUGUAAUUCUCUAAAUGUGCUGUAGCAUUGUUAGUAUUUAAUUUUUGUACAUAGUUGUCCACCUUAAUCACAUCCGUUCAUGCUGUUUGUAAGUUAUGCUUCAAUAGGGAAACUUUUCUAAACCCCCUCACCUUGUACAUCAGUUUUUUUAAAAGCCAGCAUGCUGCAUUCCAUUAAAAUGGUAUGAUACAACAAUAUUGGCUGUAUGUUCUUAUUGUUUAAGCAUCCCCAAUAAACACUUUCUCUCUUUUUUCUUUUUCAGAGGAAACAUAAAGUUGAUUGCUUUAACUAUUACAAAUGGAUGGCGAGGGUUGAAGAGUUAUUUUCGUUUUUUAUUUUAUUUUUUUGUGCUGGGCCCUAACAACUAGUGUAGAUUUUUAAAUGGAGAGAACUUCAAUAAGCACUGGAGAUGAGGAGUAAAAACUAUUUCAUAUAAAAGUGCAACAGUUUUUUUUUUUUUCUUUUUUUUUGGAGGGGAUAUAUAGGGUAUAUAUAUAUAUAUAUAUAUAUAUAUAUAUAUAUAUAUAUAUAUAUAUAUAUAUAUAUAUAUAUAUAUAUAUAUAUAUAUACAGGUAUAUAUGUAUAAUUUUUUAAUGGUUAGCAUGUUUUGAUUUUUUUUUUAAGCUAUUUUUACUGUGUUAAAUGAAUCUUAUUAAACAAGUAAUUGAAUCAUUUGAAUUGAGUAAAUAAAUUGCAUGUUUUAGGUUUUCUUGUGCUGCUGUUUAAGAGAGAAAAAAUGAUUUUAUUAACUAAGUGUACAUUUUUCAGUCAAUGCUAUUAAAAGGCUGUGUCCCUUC